CAUUGCAAACGCCAAAGUGCUCGUACCGUGGUAUGUGCUCCCAAACUUGACCCAUUUUACCCGUCGAUGGGGCAAAAAGAAGCGAGGUGUUUUGAUAUGUUUUUUUUCUCCUCUUGUGUGUCGGUCAAGAAAGAGAUUGAAUAAUAUUUUCUGGAUAGUGGGACGGCAUGGAGAGAGAGAGACUUUGGAGAAGGCGACGUGUAAUAAAAGGCACUUUUAAAAAGCAACAAAAAGGAAAUAAAACAUAUAAAUAGAUGAAAAAAAACGAACAAUAAGAAUAAUAAGGAAUAAAAAAUACCACGCUGAGUGCCAUUCGCUGUUCUCUCUCGCUCUCAUUCCCUUCCACUUUUUUUUUUCACUUUUAAUUCUUCAUUCUCCGCGCGAUCUUCACAAUAUUCGUCGUGAUCUCCACCAACUGACCAAGUCUCUCUCUCUCGAUGCUCAGUUUCCACGGAGAAGCCAAACGAUCAACUGGCGUCUCAUGAUUUUUCUCACAACUCCGCGCACAUCCUUCGCAGCAUCUUCCCGCGCACUUCCACCCCAUCUUGAUUUAUUUUUCGGUUAUUUUUUCUCUCUCUCGUGCCCCAGGUAGGGAAGCUUUAAAAAAAUUCUAGUUCUGUGUCCACUAAAGCCACCCACGCUUUCCCACCGAAAUUCCGUCCAUUCACAGCGGUGGUGGUUCAGGUGCUUGUCCGUGUAAAAAGAAAAGUUUUGUGUUAUCAUACCCAUAUGUAUGUUAGAAAGAACCGCAGCACCUUCAGUUGUGUGUGUUGUUGAGCACAGCAGGUGGAGCAUUGUUCCUCAAGUGCCGUGCUAUUCAGUACUUGGAGUGAUUUCUGUGGAUACACAACAUACCAAAUAAUUACAAAAAAAAUCCCUCUUCGUGUUUGAUAAGGGCAUUCCACGGAACAUCUCCACAGCGAGCUCCCACGACCGAUUUCCGCUCUUUCACUUUCCUCGCCGUGUUGUGCCAGAUUAUUUCCAGCCCGCCAUGGUCUCGCAUCGGGAAGUUUCUGUGAAGGGAAAUCGUUGGUGAAAUAAAAAAAAAUUAACAGUGAGUGUACAACAAAAAGUCCACCCGCCAAACAAAGUGAAUUGUGCAACGUUGAAAAAAAAAGUCAGGAGGGAAAUUCGAGAAUUGCGCCAAAUUCACGUGUGUGGUGCGAAAGAGGGAGAGGACAGGAGGAAGAAGGAGAUAGAAUUAUGUGUGGUUCUACCAAAACCCCCCCAUAGUGUUGUGUGCCUUUAAACAAAAGGAAAUUUAGUAAUUCAACUCCGAGGAAGCCAAAAAUGCAAACCAAGAAGCGUGUCCAUGCGCUCACCCUCAGCACCAUCCUUAUUUGCAGUCUCCUAAUUUCUGGUAGUGCCCAGGAUUUAGUGAAACGAAGAACCAGCAAUGUGUGUCACUCGAGCAGCGACUGCCCUCCAAAUGCCUACUGUGAGUACAAUGCAGAUCCCCUCGAUACUGGUCAGUGCGUCUGCAAUCCCGGCUUCAUCAUUGUUGCGGAAAAUAAGAGGCGCGAGUGCUAUCCGGUGGCAAAGAAUCUCGGGGAUUCCUGCACGCAUGACGAUCAGUGCCAGAUGGCUUUUAGCACUGAGUCAGAAUGCUUCCAGGGAACGUGCGACUGCAAAUUGGGCACGCAUUUUGUCAAGCGCGAGAACACCUGCUACAAAAGUGUCAAAAUAAACGAUUGGUGCCGCCUGACGAAUAACUGCCUGGGCGAGGGAACCGUCUGCCGGUCAGGGGUGUGCCUGUGUCCCUUCAACAAGCACCCCAAUGAGGACUUUACGGAGUGCGAGGAAGACAUUCAGCUGGGGGAGCCCUGUAGCAGGGAUACGCAGUGUGUGGCCAAUAAUUCACGCUGCCACGAAGUCUGUCGAUGUCGCGUGAGUCACGUUCUCAAUCACGAUCGGACAAAAUGUCUCAAAAUUGCUGAGCAUUUUUACGAUGACUGCGAAGAGGCCAUUCAGUGUACUUAUCAACUAAAUUACUCAACCUGUGAAUUUGCCUACGACUCCGAGACGGUGGGAAAGUGCAAGUGCCGACAAGGAUACCAUCAAUCGAAUGGGGCUUGUUUCGUUUCCGUGGAAGUGGGAGGAAUUUGUGAAGUGGACGAGAAUUGCUCUGUCGAUCCAUUCUCCUUCUGCCAGGAGGGUCGUUGUGUCUGCAUGGAGGGUCUUGUUAAUAUAAAUGGUGAAUGUUCCUCAUCGGCCACUCUACGCCCCUUCUCACCUUCAUCACUUUCCUCGUAGCUCUUCUCCUACUGAACUAAAUCAAUCACCCAAAAAAAACCCUCCGCAGAAUCAGUCAAAGAAUGAGAAAAAGAAAUCUCUAAGCUGUUGCCAAAAAGUAAUUUAUAGGAAUUAAAAAAAAAUGUGUGAGAGCAUCACAUCCUUUGAGUCCUUCCUAAUUUAUUAUUUCCUUUUAAAAGAAAAUUUAUCUACGAAAAAAAAAUUCGUGGAAAGUCUUUUGUAUAUAAUUUAUUAGAUAAAAAAAUUGUAUGUAAAAAAAUACCUUGUUAAUGUUAAUAUUGCUAUAAAGAGUCUAUAUCAAAGAGGCAUUUUUUGAAUAAAAAACUAAUUUCACAAAA